UGAAGACAAUUUUUUGUCUUGUGAACAUCAUGGCUCAGUUCUGAUGAGCAUGUUUGAGACAUUUACGCUUCCUGAAUUCAGAAGCGUAGAGGAAUCUGUCGGAGAUCCCAUGUUUUCAACCUAUCUAAGGAAGCAAUUUGUGAACUUGGAUAUUGGCAAAACGGGACAUGUACGAAAUAACAAACCGCAGAUGGUCAGUACAACUAUUUGCCAAAGAGAGAAAAGGAUCCUGCAGACAAGAAAGCAGCUACAGUUGGGCUGUGCAGGAAAAGCAGAACAAUUCCAUGCACAUGAAGAACCCUUCCUUACAUCAGAAGAGUGGAGAAAUUCCAACGUACAAAAUUGGGAGAUACAAAUGGAGAUAGGAGAUGCUAUUAUGGAUGACAUUGUCAAAGAAACUAUUGUUUCAUUCUUGGGUUAAGCAUCAGUGUUCAUGAAAUGAAUAUUCCUCUUAAUGCUUGGUUUUCACAACCUGGCCAGUACUUAAAGCUACACCA